UGACGUAUUACCUACCAGAAUAGGCUAAAUUACACACGCGACCAUAUCACGUACUCUCGCGAGGGUUUGUCCUUCCAGCCCGUGCUGAUAUUGACUGAGAAACCCCUCGCACUUCCUUUUUCGCCAAGAUGGCUCCUAAAGCAAAGAAGGAAGCUGUCCCUCCCAAGACUGAGGCAAAGUCUAAGGCUCUGAAGGCCAAGAAGGCCGUAUUGAAAGGAGUACACAGUCACAAGAAGAAGAAAAUCAGGACCUCCCCUACAUUCAGGAGGCCUAAGACCCUGAGACUUAGGAGGCAACCCAAGUACCCCAGGAAAAGUGCUCCCACAAGGAACAAGCUUGACCAUUAUGCCAUCAUCAAAUUCCCCCUGACCACUGAGUCGGCCAUGAAGAAGAUUGAAGACAAUAAUACUCUGGUUUUUAUUGUUGAUGUCAAAGCCAACAAGCACCAGAUCAAACAGGCCGUGAAGAAACUGUACGACAUUGAUGUAUCCAAAGUGAACACCCUCAUAAGGCCCGAUGGUGAGAAGAAGGCAUACGUCCGUCUUGCUCCAGACUACGAUGCGCUUGAUGUUGCCAACAAGAUUGGCAUCAUCUAAACACGUCACAUGUUCUGUACAGAAAUAAAUCAAAUAAACAAAAUUUUUCUUA